GGCGGGGAGCGGAGAACGGACGGAGCGGCGCCGGCCGCCAUGGCGCGGGACCCGGCCUUCGUGCUGCGCUACCUGGCCGAGGUGGAGGAGCUGGCCGAGGACGUGCUGGCGGCGCGGCAGCAGAUCGUCGAUCUGGACGUGAAGCGGAACCGGAACCGCGAGGCGCUGCGGGCGCUGCACAAAGACCCGGAGCCCGGGGGAAAAGCCAUGGUCUGCUUCGGGAGCACGUUCGUCGAGCUGCCCAAGGCGAAGACCGAGGAGAUGCUGCAGAAGGAUCAGGAACAUCUGGAUGAAGAGAUAAACAACCUCCGGAAGGAGCUGCGUGUGAAGGUCAACCGUCUCUUUGAAGCUCAAGGUAAACCUGAGCUGAAGGGAUUUAACCUCAACCCCAUGACUGCGGAGGAAAUGAAACUUAUCAAUCGCAUCCUGGAAGGCUGAGACAGCCGUGCCAUCACCACAGCUGCGUGCAAACACUGCUCAGUGUGGUGUGGUUGGGUAUCAUUCACAGCAUUUGCACUGCAUCAGCCAUCGCCUCCAGGCUUUCCAGCACUCCUGCGUUGCUGGAGCCUCUCAUAAAGGACCUGGUGGGCACAGGGAAAGAUGCAGCUCCUCAGCUGCAAUUCCUCUGGCUGUAAACUCUCCCUGCUCCUUGCUGAGGAUGGUGGCAGAGCAGUGCAGAGGCAACUGCUGGAACAGUGGCUUAUUCACAGCCUCUGACAAACACCCGUUUGCAAGGGGGAUUAUUAAAAUCAGCACUGUGGGGCAUUCCUAA